AAAAGAUUGCAAUAACUUACAUCUUUCACGCACAACUAUUAUCUAGGGUUUAUCGAUUGUGUUAAAAGGAAGAGAGCGAUCUCCAAAGCGAUUUCAAUGGCGGAAGAUGAUUACAACGAAGUUGAUGAUUUGGGUUAUGAGGAUGAGCCAGCGGAGCCUGAAAUUGAAGAAGGAAUAGAGGAAGAUGCUGAUAUGAAGGAUAACGACGAUAUCAAUGGAGAGCCUCUUGAAACUGAAGACAAGGUCGACACAGAACCUGUACAACGUCCUCGGAAAACUUCCAAGUUUAUGACCAAGUAUGAACGUGCACGUAUCCUCGGCACUCGCGCUCUGCAAAUCAGCAUGAAUGCUCCUGUCAUGGUCGAGCUUGAGGGUGAGACUGACCCACUUGAGAUUGCUAUGAAGGAGCUGAGGCAAAGGAAGAUACCAUUCACUAUAAGACGCUAUCUACCUGACGGGAGUUUUGAGGAGUGGGGAGUUGAUGAGUUGAUCGUUGAAGACUCAUGGAAACGUCAAGUUGGCGGUGAUUGAUAAUCUUGUUAUUGCCCAAAUACUAAUAUGUAUUUUGCAAGAAGCUUGUUACUUCUCAUGACCGUUGAUGUAUUAUCUGCUAUGUUGCUCCAAGUUAAAAUGUUGUUAACCGCCUUGUUUACUUUUCGCCUUAACCGCGAAUGUAGGAGAAAGUUACCUGGAAAUAUAAAGACAUCUGAAUAGCAACUUGCUUAUUGGUUUUAUUCUAAA